UCAUGGCUGAACGUUUAGAAUAACAGCAUUUAAUGCAUACAUCUUUGGCAUACAUCAUUUUUUUUCUCUCCUAAGAAUAAUUUGUAGUUUUAAAAAAAAUAUUUUGUGUUAAAAUGUCAUUUGUGUUCAGAAAACCGAAAAAAAAUAUACAAAGGCGUGUGUUUAGUAGUCAAGAAGAUGAAGAAAAUCGUGAAGAUAAUGGAAUGGAAGUUGAUGUUAAGGAUGACAUUAAAGACACACAUACCAGUGACACUAAAAAGAAAAAAGAUAAAAAGGACAAAAAUGUGAAACCAAAACAAACAUUAUUAAGUUUUGAAGAUGAAGAUGGCGAAGAAGAAGUAUUUCAAGUGAAGAAAUCAUCACAUAGUAAAAAAAUAAUGCGAUUAUUAGAUAAAGAACGUAAAAAGAAGAAAGAGAAAAAAAUGGACAUUGAUGAUAAUGAUCAAAUUGCGAAAAGUAAUUCGCAAAAAAGUAAAGAGAUAGUUACAGACGAUCUCGUGAUGGUUGUAAAAUCCGAAAAAGAAGUUAUACUAAAUGGUCGAGCGGCACUUGUUGCCGGCAAGGAUGAUGUUUCAUCGGACGAAGAUGACUCACGUGGUCGGCAUCGUUUUUCACAUCCGGAUAAUGUAAAAAUCAUUGUUGAAAGUGGUAUGAUACCGGAUGCGGCUAUGAUACAUGCGGCUAGAAAACGUCGUCAACGUGCUCGAGAAAUGGGUGGUGAUUAUGUACCGUUAGAGGAACGAAAAGAGAAAAAAGAUAAAGGUCGAUUAAUACGUGAAGAAGAUGGUGAUGGUGAUGAUGGCAGUGACGAAGAACGUAUUGAUAUGACUAUAAAUACACAAGCUCAGGAUAUUGAAAAACGACGGGAACAAUUUAAGGCGGCUCAAGAAGAUUCAGAUCGAGAAAGUGAUCGUGAAACUGAAGAAUGGGAAAAUCAACAAAUUCGUAAAGGUGUAACAGGUGCACAAAUCACCUCAGUACAAAAUGAAACAUUGUACGGUGUGAGCUAUUAUACUGGCUUUAGUGAAGAAUCUGUAGAAAAUAAUCUUUAUAAUAGUUCGACAAAUGCGAUGGUAAAAACUGAUUCAAAUGAUCAAAAAACACCUGAAUCUAUUGCUAAUAAACUACGAGAAAGAGUACAACAAUUAAAAGAAAAUUAUACUAAUCAUGAUACAAAAUUAAAACAAAUAACUGAUGAAUUGGAAACGUGUCAACGUGAUUUAAUUGAUUUGGAAAGAAAAGCUCCAGAAUGUGCAAAACGUUUCCGUUUUUAUCAAGAAUUGCGUGGGUAUGUCACAGACUUGGUAGAGUGUUUGGAUGAGAAGAUUCCUAUGGUAUCGAAUUUAGAACAACGAUGGAUGGAAGUAAUUGGAAAACGUGCAAAUACUUUGGCUGAACGAAGACGUCAAGAUGUUCGUGAUCAAGCUGAAGAAAUUACAUCACAAUCUAGAUUGAACAGUCGUCCACGUCCAACUGGAGGGCCAGAAGAAGAAGCUAGAGUUCGUCGAGCUGCAGAACGUGAAGGUAGAAGAAAUCGACGUAGACGAACGCGAGAACAAGCUGCUCAACUUCAAAUAACACCCAAACAUCUAGAAGGAAUGUCUAGUGAUGAUGAAUUUCCCGAACAGGAUAAUAUUUUGUACAAACAACAGAAAGAUCAAGUUUUGGAAAGUGUCGAACAAGUAUUCAGUGAUGUCAUCGAAGAUUUUUCAUCAUUGUCAUCAAUUUUAGAAAGAUUUGAAUCAUGGCGACAAACUGAUUUCACAGCUUACUCUGAGGCAUACGCAAGUUUAGUAUUACCAAAAAUUGUUGGUCCUAUUUUACGAUUGCAAAUAUUAUCAUGGGAUCCGUUCAAUUCGAAUUGUUCGGAUUUAGAGCAAUAUCAUUGGAUGAAAACAUUAAUGACGUAUGGUUUAACGUCAUCAGAAACUGAAGAAACUUUACGCGCUGAUCCUGAUAUUAAUUUAGUACCUGCAAUUGUUGAUAAAAUUAUUAUACUUAAAUUAAAAGAUUUGGUGGAACAAACAUGGGAUCCAAUGUCCAGUAGUCAAUCGUUACGAUUAGUUGGAUUAAUUGGACGUUUCGUUCGACGAUAUCCAACACUUGGACCAGGUAGUCAACGACUUCAGGAUUUAUUUACAGCUAUCGUUGAUAAAAUUCAACAAGCUGUAGAACAUGACGUAUUUAUUCCAAUUUUCCCUAAACAGGUUUUAGAAACAAAAUCAUCAUUUUUUCAAAGACAAUUUAAUUCGGCUGUUAAAUUACUAGGAAAUAUCACAUGUUGGCAAGGAACAUUAGCUGAUCAUGUACUUAAAGAUUUAGCAAUAAAUUCGUUAUUGAAUCGAUACUUAUUAAGUGGACUUCGUGUUUGUCAGUUAAUUGAUGCUGUAUCAAAAGCACAAUUAAUAAUAAACGCAUUACCUCGUAUCUGGUUACAAAGUGAUGUCAAAGAGGAUCUACGAAUGUUUAUAAUGUGUAUCACACAAUUUUCGGGCCAGUUGAACAGUGACAAUCCAUUACAUUUGGAAUCGUUGGAAAUAUUAUCAUCGAUUAAAAAUACGUUACAUAUUUAAUUAAUAGAGAUCUUAAUAAUAACAUUUUUCAAAUAAUAAAUAAACAAUUUAAUCUAAAAAAAAACGUUUUUGCUCACAAUGUAUUCUUAGAAAAUGAAGAGAGGAAUUAUCGAAUUUUGAGUGAAAUGUUUGCGUACACGAUGUAAAUAUUUUAAGCUAUAGAUUAUGUAAUGUUGUAAAUACUUAUCUAUUUAUUAAUUGCCCAUUUCUUCAUUUAUCACUUAAUUUGAAA